CGCCAGAGGUCCCAGCCGAAAUGUCAAACGUCCACCGUUUUUGAUCCUAGCAAGCCGUGCACUCGUUGACAUUGUGCUUUUAUCAACACCCUAAUCAGUGUUAUUGUCUCUUAAUACUCGUUAAUAAGUGAGUGAAAUCCCCCAAAUCAUGGGAAUCACAAAAGGAGUCCUCUUUUUGUCUCUUCUGUGUGUUGCACUCGGAGAUAAUGGCAUUAUUCCUGGCACUCGAGUAAGUUCAUCCCCAAACGUUCCUAUAACUUCAGAGACACCAAGGAAUAGCACCACUUUACCACCAAUAACCAUCACCGUGACACCAACCACUUCGACAACCACAACCCAAAAACCAACCACUUCUACAACCACAACCCAAAAACCAACCACUUCUACAACCACAACCCAAAAACCAACCACUUCUACAACCACAACCCAAAAACCAACCACUUCCACAACCACAACCCAAAAACCGACCCCAACCCCCGUCAAUCCUGUUGGAAAAUGGACAGUCAACUACACCAACACCGACAAAAUCUGUCUAGUCCUGGAAGCCGCCCUCGAAAUCGAUCUCCACUACAAAGUGAACAAUUCGAGUAAAACUUUCCCGAUUAAAAUCACAUCAGCGGCGACAUCGCAAGGGGCGUGUGGAAAAACCAUAGAAAAUAUUACUUUGGUUUUUGGACCGGCUAACACGAUUAACUUUAGUUUCAAGAAGAGCAAUGAUAGUAAAAAGUAUGAUCUUCAAUCGGUUAUUGUCAUGUUAAAUGUCACAGUUCCGGGAUUGAAUGGUACCCAAAUCUAUGCUUUGGCUCAUGCCAAAGAUGAGUUCUCGACACCUGUUAGUAAUUCCUACAAGUGUGCCAAAGAACAAUCGUUGAAUUUGACAUCAGUGCCUGCUGGAAAGGAUUUCGGGGGCGAAUUGAGGAUCAGUCAGUUGCAAGUUCAAGCCUUUAAGAAUAGUACCAGCACGAAGUUUGAUGAAGCUCUCGAUUGCCAAAGCUCUGAGACCCCUGAUGUGGUACCGAUCGCAGUUGGUUGUGCCCUUGCCGCAUUGGUCAUCAUCGUGCUCAUCGCCUAUUUGAUUGGGAGAAGACGAUCUCAAGCACGCGGUUAUCUCUCCAUGUGAGUUAUAUUUAAAACACUCCGCUUAUGUACGACGGGUCAGUGUACUCAAUCAAGUUUGUUUCUACGUGUUUGCUUUUAAAUUAGUAUCCGUUUUGGAAUUUGUCCGAUUUGUGUUAAAUUUUUUCCGUUAUGAAAAUCGGUCGACUCCUAUUAUUAUUAGGUGUAAUUUAGUGUCCUGUUUUCUCGAAUUGUAGUAAUUUUUUUAUUAAUUAGUAGUACCAAAUUCCAGAUUUAGAUAAGUGAAGAUUGGUAUGGCUGAAAAUGUAUAGGCUGUGACAGCGAAUUAAAAAUGUAAAUGUUAAUAAAUUUUCUGGGAUAA